AUGUCCGUGAAAUUUUCAACUCUCGCUGCAACAGAUUCCUGUUCACCCACCAUCACCCUCACCACCCUCAUCACUCACUCUGAUUCAGAUCCUUAUAUCAAAAUGUGGUGCCAGCGUGUCUGGCAAUGCCAACCAGAAGAUGACAGUAGCGACCUGUCUGAUAGCACAUCCAGUCUGUCUUCUGAGGAACCACUGAACGGUCCAAUCCUUCCCGAGGACCUCCCAGUCCACCCAGACUCAGAGCCGAUGAACUUACAGGACAUUUGGGAGAUCUUCGAUAUUCGAGAAGAAGGGGGGGCGUUCUUCCCGGUUCCCAGAUCACAUCUCCUCUCUCUUCCAAAGGAUUUGGAAAGCGAGCUCGAUAACCUGAAGACCUGCCACGACAGGCUGAGUACCCUCCUCAAAUACUGUCUCCGGGCAGAGAGAGACGCCCGCAGAAGCGAAAAGGCCCGUACGGACCAUUUGGGUCAUCACUUUACCUUCUCACAAGCCGGCCAGUUACAACUCACCGCAACGAACCGCUGCAAAACCAAGGAGAUAAUCGGCCAGGCGGACUACGCAAUAUGGCAGGGCGACGAGUCGACGACCUCUGGUCUGAUAGUCGCCGGGACCGAGGACGAGAAGGAUCUGGGGACGGUGAAACUGCGUUGUUUUGCGUAUAUGAGCAUUGCGCGUAGCUUGCGCCAGCAAACCCCGAAAAUUGUAUACGGGAUAGUCACGGACGGCAGCCUCUUUGAGUUUAUGAGUAUAGACAGCAACGGUAGGGUUAAUGGCUGGCGGCCCUGUACAUCAUGGAACAGCAAAACAGCCCCUGCAACCUAUACCACGUUUCGGUUGGCCCUUCAUCACCCUGCGACGCCACCGUGUGUACCGGCUGAGGAGCUCCAGUUGAAGGGCAAAGACAAAGAAAUUCCACCGUUUGAGUAUUAUUAUUAUUAUCGCGGAUUGCUCACGGACUAG